UCCAAAAGGUGAAAGAUCAUCAAAAAAACGAUCAAUCUUAGUUUUGUUGAAACAAUUGAUCAUGUCUCACAUAGCUGUUGAGAGGAACAGAAGAAGACAGAUGAAUGAACAUCUCAAAGUUUUAAGGUCCUUGACCCCUUGUUUCUAUAUUAAAAGGGGGGAUCAAGCAUCGAUAAUAGGGGGAGUUAUAGAAUUCAUCAAUGAAUUGCACCAGGUUCUUCAAGCUUUGGAAUCUCAGAAGAGAAGGAAGAGUUUAAGCCCUAGCCCUAAUCCAAGUCCGAAAACACUGCAACCAACUUUCCAUCAAUUUGAUAUCUCAUCUGGAGGAAUUGAGACUAACAAUUCUUUCAAGGAGCUAGGAGCAAGCUGCAAUUCUUCCGUUGCAGAUGUAGAAGUGAAAAUCUCAGGUCCAAAUGUGAUUUUGAGAGUGAUAUCUCAAAGAAUUCCAGGUCAAGUUUCGAGGAUUGUAGCUGUUUUAGAAAGUUUUUCUUUUGAAGUUCUUCAUCUUAACAUUAGUAGCAUGGAAGAGACUGUUCUAUACCAAUUUGUAGUCAAGAUAGAACUGGGAUGUCAGCUGAGUUUGGAGGAACUAGCUAUGGAAGUACAGCAAAGCUUUUGCUCAGAGGCUAUGAAGUUGAUUGCAGUGUGACCAAUAGUUCAUGUGAUAAUAAAAUAAAAGAAUGUGAGAGACAUGCAAAAAAAAAAAAAAACUUACUAUAAACAAAUUAGGUUAUAAUUAUGUUAUAGCGUAUGUCAUAAACUUUAUGACAAUGGAAAAUUAAUAUCAUGGUUAUCGAUGUAUUGUGCCU